CGUUUGCCAACACUGGUCAAUGAGGAGAAGUCAGAAAACGUAAACAAGCAAAAUUGUGAAAUAUUUUCAUUAGUUUUAGUUCAUUUAAAUUCUAAAAGAGCAAAUCAAACAGCAACAAAAUGGGCAAAGGUUUCAACAAUUACAUGUGCAAGAAAUUCUUUCACCCCGCAUCCCGGGAUAAUCUGAAAAGGGUAUGGAUGGCCGAGCAGCAGGCCGAAGCUUAUAAGAAGAAACAGGAAGAACUUCGCAACCAAUAUGAGAAGGAACAGAAUCUGCACGAGAACAAGGCCAUGCUGAGCAAGGAUAGCAAGGACAAAUUGAGUGUGAAUUUUAUGUAUGAGCCACCUCCAGGUGUGCGCAAGGAGCGUGAGAAGGACGACAAUGAACCCGAAUACAAAUUCGAAUGGCAACGCAAAUAUAAUGCUCCGCGUGAGUCCUACUGUAAGGGGGACACCGAAAUUCGUGAUCAACCUUUUGGCAUACAGGUGCGCAAUGUUCGAUGUCUCAAAUGCCAUAAAUGGGGCCACAUUAAUACGGACAAGGAGUGCUCCAUGUACAGCAUAUCGAUGAGUGAGGCACGCAAGUUGCAUGCGGAAACCGAAGCCAGCGACAUUAUGUCCAAAAAUGUCCUCGAAGAGCAGAUGAAAGAAGAUGGCCUGCAGAUGAAGCGUUCCGCUUUGGAGCUUCAAAGUAUAAAAGUAAUUCAACAACAGCAUCAGUUUGUCUCCAGCGAUGCCAUGGAGAAGGAACAGAAUCCAGAACUUGUCUUCCUCAAAUCCCUAAGUAAAUCGCAAAAACUGAAAUUGCUGAAAAAGUUGGAGAAAAUUGAACGCAUCAAGCGCAAGGGUGAUGAGCGAAAGUCAUCCAAGAAGAAGUCAAAGAAGCAAAAAGAACACAAGGAAUCUAUAAAGAAAACAAAAAAGAAAAAGUCUAAAAAACCGAGCGAUGGAUCAUCAUCAUCAUCAUCGUCGUCCUCAUCCUCCUCUGACAGUGAUUCGGAAGACAAGCAUUCGCGUAGUAACCACAGGGAUAAAGAACGACGUAAACGAGAUCGCUCUCGAGAUAAUGAAAAUAAUGAUCGUCAUCGCAGAGACGACAAGGAUAGUCGACGUAAAGAGGAAAGAGAGGAUCGUAGACGUAGGAAUGAUCGCUCACGUUCUCGUGACGAAAAGAGACGAGGAUCUAGCGAGGAAAAUCGAGAUCGUCGAGAACGGACUCAGAAUAAUAAUAAUUAUCGAUCCAGGCGUUAGUUUUUCUACAUUAAUAUUGAAAUUUUUUAUAAAUAAUAUUUUUAAAUGAACAAUAUAGCUUCUUGUCCCACCAAAAAACCAAAAACAA